GCGGUCGCAACGUUGACUAACACCACACGGAACCCCGCAUUGAAUGGGGACCUCAAACAUCGUCGGACCGGAACCGGAUGUGGGACUAUGUGUUUGAACUGGAGCAAAAACUCAACAUAGCAGGCAUAAGGGUGUUACACCAGAAAGCCGAGAGACGGGAGCAGUGCAACAGAUUUGUGCUGUUUGAAUGCCUGGAUGAGAAACAUUUCGGAGUGCAAAAGCCUGCGAUACUAAACAUCCGUUAAUAUUUGCGCCAUGAAUCCAUCCAAUCCGUUUGGCAGCCCACAGGGUGGAGCUUUCCAAGCCCCGAGCAAUACUUUAAAGGCUGGUUUGUUCCAGUCAUUUGGGCAGCAAAGUUCAAACAAUCAGUCCCAAACUAUGGGUUUUUACCAACCCUCAGCGUUCGCACAGCCCUCACCUCAUGGAAGUACCAUCUUCGGACAGACCCCAGCCUUUGGACAGACCUCUACACAGCCGCCCUCGCUGCCUACCGUAAGUCAAACUCCUGCUUUUGGACAGCCGUCAUUAGGAAUGAGUAGCUCGGGCUUUGGCAGUAGCACCACACCAGCUUUUGGCCAGAUCAGUGGACCGAACCAGAGUUCAGUCUUUGGGCAGAUACCUGCAUUUGGGCAGCCUUCUGCAUUUGGACAGGCACCAGGAUUUGGCAAACAGCCACCAGGGUUUGGGCAACAACCGCCUGGGUUUGGAAACCCCCAGAUGACUUCUGGCUCGACCACUUCCUUAGGACAACCUCAGCCACUGGCUUUUGGACAGUCUGUGUUUGGACAGCCCUCAUCUACCAGUGUCACCACCAGUGUAUUUGGCACAGCUCAGAGUGUGACCCAAAACAGAAGCUUUGGACCAUCCGAGUUUAGUUUCAAGCCAGCCAACGAGGCGCUUUUCAAACCUAUCUUCAGUUCCAGCCCUGAGCCCACUAACCCUCAAACUACUUCAGUGUCCAGCUCACCUUUUGGCAGCAGUGGGUCCCAGACGAGUACCAGUAUGAUAAGUAGCAGCAGUGCCACCACCACUGGCUUUUCCCUACUGACAGGGGCUAAUUCUGGGCCACUGGGCUUCAGCUUUUCACAACCAGCUGCAGCCCCCUCUGUCUCUGCUCAAAACAACCCACUAACAACUGACAACAGCAGGGGUCCCUCCAACACUCUGCAGUUCACCUUUUCCCAGCCAGCUGCCCCAUCCAGCUCCAGCACUCAGGCUCCCACUUCCCAGCCCACUACCCCAUCAACUUUCAGCUUCUCAGCCAAAGCCACCCAGCCCCAGGCAACACCCCUGUUUGGAGGAACCAGUUUUGGUCAGCCUUCUGCCUUUGCAGACACCAAAGCUAAAACAGAACCUAGUACAGAUGAGAAAGGGAGCAACCCUGAAGCUCUAGGGGAUACAAAUAUAUUUGCGCGAUUGAGCAAAGGCACCAAGCGCAAAGAAGAUCCGGCUGUCAGCAGUACUGGUCCAGAGAAGCCUGCCACAGAGGAAGACGUUCCAGCAGAAGCAGAUUCACCAAGACAACCCUCAAAGAGACCCCUAAUGAGGCCCCGUGGCCCACCGGGAGGUUUAUUUGGUCGGGCACUGAGUGAUCUUCGUAGGGAUGGCCCUAAUCCAGUGAGGCGAGAUGCCCCACAGGACACACAGCAGCAAGUAUCAACCACAGAGGAAACAGUGAGGGAAGUCCAGGCUCAGAGCGAUGACCUACCUGCUACACCACCCACAGUGCAAGCAGGGUCCAAGGACGUGCUGGAAAAAGUUGAAGAUUCGGACUCAGCAAAAGCCCCAGACCCGAAGCUGGAAACCACAACCCCUGUGAAACGCAGCGUGCGCAGGGAGAGCUCGGAGAGCCUGGGAAACAUGUCUCCCACCGACUGCACCGCCAUCCAGUGCAGGAAUGUGCCUGUAGCCCUCAACAAGAAGGACGUAAUCGAAAAGCACUUUGGUCGUUUUGGCAAAGUUCGCAAGGUCUUCUGUCGACCUGCCAAGAACCUGGCCAUCGUUCACUUUGAUGACCACGCAUCAGCAGCUAAAGCAAAGAAGAAAGGCAGAGUCCUGCAUCGACAAGAACUCCUUCUCUUGUGGCAGAAGAAGAAGCAGAGUCCAGGUGACAAAGAGAGCAGACCUGCAGCAAGAGCAGAGGAGACAGAGGGGGAAACUCAGGAGGACACAGCGUCUUCCUCCCCUCUCAGAAGACCGACACUCAGAGGCCCUGCAGUCAGCAGCGUGAUGUCCUUAACCAGCAGGUCUCCUGUGAAGAGGCCAUCGUUGGCCAAGUGUCUGCAGUUUGACACUGAACCCCAGAAAGACAGCAGCACAGAGCCCCCGAGCUCAGAGCGCCCGAUACCCUCCUCCCUCCUCCAACUCAUUGGCCAAGUGGCUGAGACAUCUGAGGACAAGUACCGCCUCCUGGAGCAGAAAGACAAGAUCCUGCGUCAAGGUCGGCCUAAGAGGACAGACCUGAACCUGUCUCAGGUGUUUGUGGGUACUUGUCCUGACAUGUGUCCAGAGAAAGAGAGGUACAUGAGGGAAACACGGAAGCAGCUGAGCUUAUUCGAGGUCAUCACAGAUACUGAGCUGGUGGAUCACACAGCAGCCAUUAAAGAGUACAGUCGUUCGUCAGCCGACCAGGAGGAGCCCCUGCCCCAUGAGUUGCGCCCCCUUCCUGUGCUCAGCAUGACCAUGGACUAUCUGGUGACUCAGAUCAUGGACCAGGGCAGCGAUAACUACCGCGACUGGUAUGACUUUGUCUGGAAUAGAACCCGCGGCAUCCGCAAGGACAUCACCCAGCAGCGCCUGUGCUGCCCACACACGGUGUCUCUGAUUGAGAAGUGCACGCGCUUUCAUAUUCACUGCGCUCACCACCUCUGCGAGGAGCACAUCUCAUCUUUCGAUGCCAAGAUCAACAACGAGAACAUGACAAAGUGCCUCCAGAGUCUCAAAGAAAUGUACCAGGACUUGGCCAUGCGUCAAACCUACUGCCCCCAGGAGGCAGAGUUUCGCCAGUACAGCGUGCUGCUGAAACUCAACGACGGUGACAUCCUUCGUGAGGUGCAGCAGUUCCGCGAUGAAGUCCGCAAUUCCCCUGAGGUUAAGUUUGCCGUGCAAGCGUUCGCAGCAGUCAACAGCAACAACUUUGUGCGUUUCUUCAAGCUGGUGAAAGGAGGCUCCUAUCUCGCCAGCUGCCUAAUGCACAGAUACUUCAAUCAGGUCAGAGCUAAGGCCUUGAAGACCCUGAACUUGGCCCACACUGUGGGUCCACGAUCGACUGUGUUUCCACUUGAGGACAUAGUUCGGAUGUUGAUGUUCUGCAGCAGCGCAGAGGCCACUGACUUCAUCCAGCAGUACGGCCUCAAUGUCAAUGAUGAUGUGGUGGAGCUGAGUCGGAUAACCUAUCAGGAGCCAGACCUGCCGCUGUCCCAGAAGAAGUCAGAGGUCAUCCUCGCAAAGAAAACUGUGCUGACCGGUGAGGUGGUGAACGGCGGCCCCCUCCCCAACCCCCCUCAGCACACUCCUGUCUGCAGCUUUGACUCCCAGAACAAGUACCUUGGAGAAGGUCUGCUGGCUGAGCCCGGUCCAAGCCGGAUUAAAGCUUCUGCUCCGAAGGUUGAAUUCAAAGCAGCACCUGCCGUCAAGGUUCCAGACGUGCCCUCCGUGUUCAGGUUGCCUCCAGCUGUUACGGACAGCUCGGCCCGCCCAGCAGACGCCCCGCAGCUGUUCCAGCCGAUACCCGAACCUCAGCCCGUCAAACCGCCAUCGCCUCCACCCAAACCUCAGCCUGUGUACAGCAAUGAGGACGUCUCGGCUGUACUGGAUAGUGUGAUUGAAGAGGUGGUCGAUGCCACAGCGCGAGAGGUCGCUGAAGCUGCCAGUAGCUACGCCACGGCAGCUCUUGCCGAGAGCAGCAUGCAGGCAGAGUCUCUGGUGAGUGAGGUGUUGGGACAGAUGCUGCAGGAGAUGUCCUCCGCUGAGAUCAAGCUGGAACAGCAGCGUGUGGCUGAAGAGAAACGCAAGCUUGAAGAAGCCAGGAGGAGGCAGGAGCACGAGGCCUUCUUGGCCCAGUUCAGCUUCUCGCUCUGCACAGAGCUCAUCCAUGAAGUUUUAGAUGAGACCAUCAAGGAGGCCGCCACCUCAGAGAUGCAGCGGGCAGUGAACGAGAAAGCAGACCGUGUGGCCAAAUGCACAGAGCAGGUCUGUGCCAGUCUAGUUGAGGAGACUCUGAAUGCAGACAUCACUCUGCUGGUUGAAGACAUCCUUGAGGCUGAGCUGCAACGCAUCCACAAGUACAUCAAUAGGUGGCGUGAUGUGGUCGCAGUGCGCCGGCAGCUGAAGAGGCAGAUGAGAAGCUUCCCAGCAGCUCCUUGCUGUGUGGACCCUCGAUUCAAACUGAAGGCUCUGGCUCCCAGCGCCCCUGCACAGCCCUCCAUGUCAGAUCUGGCUCGCGGUCUGGUCAACCUGGGAAACGCCGGCACCCUGGCCCUGUCCAGCACCAGGUUGUUGAAAAUGAGACAAGAAGUGAUUCACCAAAUGAGAGUCCACCACUACUAUCAGCAGCUGCUCGAUGAAACAGUGUGGGCGCCACUCGACCUGCCAUCCCUGGUGACAGAGAAUAUCGCCAACCCACCCGACCGAAUCUUCUGGAAAGCUGUUGUCCUCUUACCAAGCGACCACGAGAGUGUAACCAGCCUGGCUGACAGGAUCCUGUCAGACUGGCUGGAGGCGAAGCUCGGUGGUGACAAGGGGUCAGGGUCGAGUGAGGAGCAGCUUGAUGGCACUCUGCAGACCCUCCGUGUCACCAGCACACUCCAGGAAAAAGAACAGCACAUUCACAAAGUGCACAUCAGCAUCAAGGCAUCCCGGGGCCCUCUGACCGAAGACGGCUUGUCCAAAAUGGAGGAGUGCUGUGAGCUGCAUGGGGCGGGAGCUCUUAUCACGCUGCUCCCCGCCAUGUUGAUGGGACUCGAGGAGCAGGAUGUGCCUCUGCUGUCAGCCCUGCUUCAGCUCAAACAGCUCCAACAGGCCAGCACCUGGCACUGCCCGCUGCCUCUGGUCAUCCUGGUGCCAGGGCCUGUUGGUGGGGAUACGCAGAAACUGGAAGAAGCCCUGAUGCUGCACACACUGGUCAAGGAAGGCCUGAUAUCAGAGUACAUGUUCCUCUUCAUACCAGAGACCACAAGUGACCUUCAGGGAUCCAAACAGCUAAGACAGGCUCUGCAUUGGCUGCUGGCUCGUGCUCCGCCACCCUUCCCACUCUCCUGCCAGACCCUGGUGCAGCUCAUAGAGGCCAGUUUGAGUCGUGAGUUCAGUCCCAGAGUUUAUGCCCACCGCCAGGAGCGGGCUGCUGCGUGUCUGCCUUCUGAGGACCCUGCGCCCGUCAUCCGACUCUACAACGCUGUCCUGGCUCACAUUGCUGACAAAGUGGCAUCGCAGGAGCUCAGCAGACUCUCGUGGCCACCAGGGGAGUUCUGCCAGCCUGAUACCCGUGACUUUGUCCCUCAUAUGGGCUGGAACUCUGUCGCUCACUUGGCCUGGCUACGCAAAGUCAUCCUGAGCCUGCAGCUGCCACAGUGGGAGCAGCUGUCUGCCACAGACUCGUGGUCUGAGCUCUGCUCCUCCAUCUUUGGCUACGCCACUCAGAUCCCAGUCUCCCGCCGCACUCAGCCCCUGCUGAUGUCACGGCUGGAAAACCUUCUGGAAAGGGUCAGGCUAAAGCUUCAUCGUACUGUUUGUCCGGCCUUCAGUCAGAUCCCUUGGGACGACAUUCUGAUGAUAUGCAUAGACCACAAGCUGAAAGACUGGCAGAUCCCUGGGCCACCUGUCUGCGAAGAUGCUGUGACUGAGGACGGGGAGAUCCUGGUCUACUUCUCCACUGAGUCUUUGAAGGGUUUCCAGCCACCCGAGGAAUGGACUGAGGCCAUCAGACAAACUCACAGGGAGAAGCAAGAAGAGAAGGAAGGGGCGAGUGCAGCUGCUUGUGCCACGCCCACCAGUCAGACCCUCAGACAGAGGUUGUUCCACAGUCUGGUGGAGCCCGUCGGCGCUCCGGCAGCCCCGCUGGACAUCACACACACCCCCACGGCCCAGGAGCUGCUGGCCCACAAAGUCCUGCAGAGCUUACAGGAGGAGAAGGCUGAAAGCAAAAGGAGCAUGGACCAGCUUCAGCGUUGGCUGGACGGAGACCCCGUGGACCACUUGUCCACACCGCUUUUCAUUCCAUCCUCCACUCUGUUGUCCAUGCCCACAACAAUAACACAAACACCCACAGCCAAAGCCCGAGGCCCUGCACUCAUACAGAAGUCGGAGCCUGAUGAUCCGUCAGACAGAGCGGACCGACCUAAAGCCACGCCCAUGUCUGUGGCAUGGCGACUGAAGGAACUGGAGCGAGAGAUUCUGGCUAGCCAAGAGGAGGAGCUGGCCUGCAGACUGAAGCUGAGUGGUCUGCUGAGCAUCGUGGAUGAUUGAUGAAGGAAAAAUCUUUUAACAGAUGACUGCGCUUUGGAAAUGUGUGACAACAGCAGAACACUGAGAAACCAUUCUGGGUUCACUCUGUUAGGACUUCACUGAUUGCAACAAUCUGUGUCUAUUUUUGUGUGAAUUAAGGUCUGGGUUUGUACAAUAUGAAAAGAAAAUCAAGAUUUUUAUUCUUGGUUUAAUUUUUGAUUUUGCCUUUCUAACUUUCAUGUGUGUGUGUAUUGUGUGUGUUGGGUUUUGCACAAACCUUAUGACUCUCAAAGUGUGCUAAAGCCUCUAGAAAAGCUACUUUUCUCGUCUUAAACAUGUUGAAUUAUUUGGAUUGACUUCUGUGUGGUUUGAACUUAUUUUUGUACUGAUGAAAACAUCCAACAGCUGAAUACUGAAUAAAAGUGUUGUUUUUUUAUGUAAA